AUGCUGUCAAUUUGUUUAUUUCUAAUUCUGUGUCUCGGAAUCUCUGAAGAAUGUCCACCGCCUGAAUCCUUGACGCCAUGUCUCUGUAGAAUCGAACCACUGAGCAAAGCGCGGGAAAUUCUUUGUUAUGAUAUUAACAAUGAACAAACUCUAUCGAACGCAAUUAGUGCUAUCAGGGGAAGAACCGAUAUCUAUGGCGUCAAAAUACAGGAUUCUGUCUUGAACUAUAUUCCACACGACACAUUCUCGGAUGUUCGAAUCAAAGAGUUGGAGAUCUCAGAUUCUUCCUUGUCUUCUCUCAGUGAUACAGAUAUCGCUUUCGAAGGCUUAGAAGAUUAUCUGGACAACCUAUUCUUCACUGACUGCAUUUUCAUGGGAUCCUGGGAUUGGGAAAAAUUAAAGAACCUCAGAAGGUUGUUGUCUUUAGAGAUAAGAGGAGGACAGUUUGAAUCUAUUGAUAAGGACAUCAAAGAUAUUGGCCAUCUAGAUAUCAAAAUAUUCAACUUCGCCAGAAAUAAAAUCUCUUACAUCGAUGAUGAAGCUUUUGCGAUGUUUAAGAAUCUUCUUUCACUAGACCUGUCGGACAAUUUCAUCACGGAAAUGAAACGAGAUAUGCUUCCGAAUCCAGCUCUUAAUCUCAGAAAAAUUGAUUUAAGGUAA